AUGGCAACAAAAAUGACACUUUCCAUUAUUUUGAUCUUUAUACUCAUCUGGUGUUGUCCAGUCAUUCCCUACCGGACUCCCCAACAUAGGAUUGAUGAUCCAGAGAUCAGAAGGGAACACACAGAGCAGGACUACUAUCGUGAUGCCAGGAGCAGAGAGUGUCAGCGGUGCUGUGACCCGGGAGAAUAUCCCAGCCAGGAAUAUCCUCGGUACCAGAUUGUACCUCAAAUCAACAUUACCUUAUUGAAAGGUGAGAAAGGGGACGUCGGUGGAAGAGGAGCUUAUGGAAAACCAGGCAGAACAGGCCCGAUGGGCCCACCAGGUUCCGGCGGAACCAAAGGCAGCAAAGGUAGCAUGGGUGUUCCAGGCGAGCCCUGCAAAUCCCACUUUGCAGCCUUCUCCGUGGCUCGCAAGAAGGGUAUCCACUCCAACCACUAUUACCAGACGCUGACCUUCGACACAGAGAUUGUAAAUCUUUACGGACACUUCAACAUGUUUUCAGGUCAAUUUUACUGUUACGUGCCAGGGAUUUACUAUUUCAGUCUGAACGUGCACACGUGGAACCAAAAGGAGACUUACCUCCACAUCAUGCACAAUGAAAAGGAGGUUGUGGUGCUCUACGCCCAACCUAGUGACCGCUCCAUCAUGCAAAGCCAAAGUCUGAUGUUGGAGCUCCAGAGAGGUGACCAGGUCUGGGUCAGACUCUUUAAAGGAGAGCGGGAAAAUGCUAUUUUCAGUGAUGAAUUUGAUAUUUACAUCAUAUUCAAUGGACAUCUGAUUAAACCCACGGAUGAACUUUAG